GCCGUGGGGUUUUCGCGAGUGACCGAAGAGCACAGACCCAUACUGCACACAUUUGAGCGACAUCAAAUGUUUUGUCGGAUAUAAAUGCAAACAAGUCCAUUUUUCCCCCAGCUGAUAAAAAUGAAUUCCCCUGAAGACUCGGGAAACGUGAGCGAACUGCGGGAGCACAUUGCCCGGCUAACCAAUGAAAAUAUCCAGCUCCGGGACAAGAAUGAGCGCCUCUUCAGCAAACUCGGGGACCUGCAGGACAAGCUGGGGCAGCUGGCGGGGUCCAAGACUGACCUGUCCUCCAAACUGGUCUUCAGCGAGGAAGAGAAACUGAAGGUCCAGAAAGCGGCCAGUUCAGUGCUCCUCCAUAUCCCUGCCGACUUUUGA